AUGGGGCGCAUUACGGUUGAGCUUUUGCGUCGUCGCGCGGAGCACAAUGAGGGGUGUCUAAGCAAUUUGAAGGAAAUUACCCUGCACCAGCAAGACAUUGAGAAGAUUGAGGUGGUUGGGGACACAUGCCGUGAGCUGGAGAUUCUGUACCUGUGCAACAACUACAUUUCGCGGAUAGAGGGGCUCCACCACCUCAAGUGCCUUAAGUACUUAAACUUGGCUGUGAACAACAUCACUUGCAUCGAGGGGUUGGAGGGCUGCGAGGCGCUUGAGCGGUUAGAUCUGACGCUGAACUUUGUGAAAGAUAUGACGUGUGUACGACGACUGCAGGCGAACGCCUUUCUGGAUCAGCUACACCUCACUGGCAAUCCGUGCACAAAGGUUGAGGGCUACCGUGCCUACGUCAUUCAUGCGCUGCCGCAAUUGCGAGAUCUAGACGGGGAGGAGGUGGUGCGCUCGGAGCGUAUCGAGGCGCGCCAGUGCAAGAGCGACGUGGCCGCGGUUGUGGACGAGGAGGCACUGCGUGUACGCGAGAACGAGCGGAUCAAGGCAGAGAUGAUCCAGCAAGGCAUUGAAGUCUUUCCGCCGCGAUACAACGAGAAAGGGGAACGGGUCUACGGGCACACACCGGAGGAGCGACUGCAGAUGCUCCGCGAGAAGGAGGAGGAAGAGGCACGGCGACAGAAGAAGCUUCAGGAGGAGAGGGAAACAAGUCGCUUGGCGUCCCUGAACGCGGAGUUAAACAAGCCUCCACAGCGUCUUAGUGCCGAAGAGGAGAUUGCGAAGUAUGGUCGGCUGCUGCUCCGAAAUGAGCCCAAGCUGCCGAUUCGGCUGGAUGAAGAGAGUAACGAGGAGGCGGUGAUUCUCACCGUGGGGGUGCCAAAGUUUCUCUCCACUACCCUUAUAGAUUUGCAGAUUGAGGUGGAUUACAUUCGCGUGGUGGUGAAGGGGAAACUCAUUCAAGUGCCGCUGCAGCGCGAGAUUGCACCGUCAGCGGCGAAGGUGCAGCGUUCCGUGGUGACGGGAGAACUUAACGUCACGGUGCCGUACGCCCCACACGUAUUGCAGGAGAUUGCAGAGGCAAAAAAGAGGCGGCAGAGGCUGCGUGGUAUCUGGACUGAUGAGGAAUGCAACGACGUUGCGGAGUGA